AUGGUCGCCAGCACAGAUCCGAAGGCCGAAAGCCUCUACAUAUACACCCCCAGCCAUAUCUUGCCCGCUGUAUUUGCAGCCCUAGUUGCCGCAUCUUUCUUACUGCACGUUUAUCAGAACUACCGCUACCGAUUCUGGCGGGUCACAUUCUUCCUCUGUUGGGGUGGUGCAGUCUUCACAGCUGGAUGGAUUCUGCGCUGCAUUUCUAGUUACCACCCUGACAACCUGAAUAUUUAUAUCGCAUCAAGCAUAUUCAUCUAUGCCGGUCCACCAAUCUACUCCGCCGCAGCAUACAACAUCGUGGGACGACUCAUGAACUACCUCCCAAUGCACGCCCUCCUAAACCCCAACCGAGUCCUGAUAUUUUUUGUCUACCUGGGUGCUGCCGUAGAAGCAAUGACCGCUGCUGGAGCAGCCAAAAACUUAACAGCAGAUGGAAACAUAGAGGAGUACAAGACUGGCGGAGCUCUCAUCGCCGCCGGUCUGGUCCUCCAAGCUGCCGUCGAAUGCUGCGUAAUCAGCGUCGUUGCAACAGUUCACGCCCGUUGCUCACGAGCCAGCAUGCUCUCACCCAACGUCCGCAUCCUCUGUAUUACACUCUAUGGCACCUCAACCCUCGUUCUACUACGGUGUAUCUUCCGCGCAGUCGAAGCAUUCGAGAUGUUCAAAAAAAUCGGGUGCCGAGAGAAUUGCGGUUCAAUCCUCAGUCAUGAAUGGUAUCUCUAUGCCUUUGAGCUGGGUCCCAUGCUUAUCUUUACUUGGUGGAUGAAUGUGUUUCACCCUGGUCGCAACUUGCCUCGUCAGAAGAACCGCUAUUUGAGUCCUGAUGGCCGCACUGAGCGGAUGGGGCCUGGUUGGAUUGAUCGCCGUUCUACUUGGGAGACUUUCGCUGAUCCGCUUGAUUUGGGCGGUAUGAUUAAGGGCAAGCCUUCUCAUGAGGAGUAUUGGUUGCGCGAGGAUGAGUGGCCUGUGUGUAAGGAUGGUAGCUUUGCUGUUGGUACGGCUACCAAUACGAGGAUUGCACUUGAAGACCAAAGGAGCUUGCUCCUCUCAGUCCGAAUCAAUUAG